AUGGCAUAUAGGAUAACAUUAGAUCAUAUUAAAGAAGAUAUAAGGAACAUUGAAAGAUUAGAAGAGAAUGAUCAAUCAACAUACUUGAAUGAAUUGAUAUACAGUUUAAAUAAUAAUAAUAGUAAUAAUAAUAGUGAUAUAGUUGGUAGUGGAGAACUACUAUCAAGUACUACCAACAAUAAAAAGGAUAUAUUUGACUUUAUAUUACAGAAUGUCGAUCUAACAAGAGACAUUGAUAACGAGUAUCAAUAUGUAAAGGAAAUAGUUGGAUCACUGAAACAACAAUCUUCUUUACAAAGCAGCGGUAUGCUCAUGGAAGACAACCCACUCAAAGACAAUUCAAAGUUGAUCAACGAUCCUUCAAGUACAUCUUCGCCAACAUCAGGAUCACCGACAAUCUCUUCAUUGGCAAACAGUCAAGAAAUUAUAGAUAGUGUGGAUAUUAGUGACAAGAGUUCAUCAUCGUCGUCAUCAUCUAAACUCAAACCAGAAAGAGUGAUCCUCAAGAAAUUAGAUCAACUACAACUUCACAAUGACACGUUUAAAGAGGCAUUUAGAUUCAUUGAAACAAACAAAUGGAUUCAAACCAAAGGUGUAGAUCUCAUAGACAAUGAUGGAGAAUUAAAUACUCAAUUGACAAAUUAUAUCACCAUUUUAAAUGAUUCCAUUAAUCAAUUAAAUAUAUUAAAAAAGAAUCAAAAUAAUAAUGGCAAAGUAGAUAAAAAAGAAGAAGAACAGAAAGAAGAAGAAGAUUCAAUUCUUUAA